ACCACUUGCAUGUUGCUUUGCAAGCAUGUAAUUUAAUCAAAAAAUGAUGUACUUGUUGGUUUUAAAGGCUCCAAAGGUUUUGAAGCUCCAGUUCAAGAAUAAUUUUGAUGAAAAAGGUAAUUAAGCAAAAUUAUUAUUUCUCUUAAGCCUUGCUAACAGAAUUUCCGAUAAAUUACCUUUUCAUAUCGCCUAUUUGUACGGAACUCUCAGUGCCGAGGGUCCGACUCGCACUUGGCCGGGUUUAAUUAUACUGCGGACAACCGAAUACCUAAGAAACCGAAAUUCACUUUCAGAUGGUCCUAAAUGUAUAGAUGCUCCAUACUUAGCGCAUGAGGCUUAGCGGUGACCUAAGAAUGUUAGCCUUUUUUAAUAUUUGGACGAGUCUCACUAACCAUUAUAAAGUCAAACGACAAUUUGUUAUAAAAUAUUUCUUUAAAUUCGGUACACGAGUUGCUCUACAUUUCUUCAUAUGGAUUGUUAAACUAUUCACUCUGUGAAUGCACUCCAAUAAAGCGCUGCCGUUAAAUUGCAUAUACUUACUACUAACUUACUAAACAAUCGCAUAAUAGCCCUUACAACGUCCAAACUCGACAGGACAAUCCUAAACCGUGAGAAUGUACAACGAAAACUUUCAUCCCGCUUCUGGGUUCGUAAUACGUAUUGGUUCAACGUAACAAUUAGGUAAUAUAGCUCUAAUUACCAGCGUUAGUCGUAGUCUCGAGCUUCGGUCGCCUGUUGCCAAUAAGGAACAUUCGAGUGAAUGCACAGAGUUUCUAUAAAUACGACCAGCGGCUGCCGCGCGAAGUACUGUUUACUGUGUACCCUAUUGUUGAACGCGUCUGCAUCAUGUUAAGGGUUCUGUUUCUUUGUGCGGUGCCGGCAGCCCUCGGGAUCAUAGUGCGGGAUCCACCGCCGUCUCCGAACGACUACAAGUACUCCUAUAACAUCGAGGACCCGACCACUGGCGACAGCAAGAGCCAGCACGAAGUGAGACAAGGGGACGUCGUCACCGGAGCAUACACAGUACUCGGCCCGGACGGGACCAAGCGAACAGUUGAGUACACCGCUGACCCGAAAAACGGUUUCAAAGCUGUCAUAAGUGAAGAUCCUGGAACUCCACCGGUUGUGACUCAACCUCCAGUCCCUUACCACUACAAUACGGUUCAGUACCGAGCACCACCACCAGCGCCAACACCGCUGUACACGAGCGUACUGCCCGAACAAAAUAACUACGUCGAAGAACAGCCGGCGAUAUACUUCAACCCUCACAACGAAGUGGAACAGAGGUUGCCUUUCAAUGGACAUUACUUCAUACCAACAAAUAAGUAUUCAAUUAGAAACUAAUAGGUGUCUUCUAUCGUAAAUGUUUCUAACUUGUGAUAUUAAGAUAAGUAUUAUGAGGUCUGUAAUAGCAUGCUGUGAGUAAUGUAUUUAAUUGUUGCUGUGAUUAUGUACGGAAAAUUAUAAAUUAUGUGAAAAAUGUUUGAGAGCUUUUGAUCGAUUUAGAUGUGUGUUUGGUUUUUGUAUGUGUGAGUGUAUUUACUGUAAACCAGAGUCACCAAAAACCUUUCUUAAAUUGUUUUGAUCCUCGCAUUCGCCUUGAAACUUUAUAGUCGUUGGUACACUCGAAAAUGUUGUAUGCAAUUGUGUAGUAAAAUAAAAAAUAAAAAACUUUUUGAAUAGAAUAAAAAUAAAAGCA